AGCCGAAACGACGCCAGAUGUGUGUUCCUCGAAGCGUUCUUCGGCGACUGGACUAUCGGCGGUCCUGCUUAACCCGCUAGUCCUUGAUGGAGGACCUCUCCUUGACGAUUCCUCUCAAUCGUUUAAGCGUACAGGCUCGAAUGUCUUGGCAUUCGAAUUUGCUUAAGAACCGCUCAAUUUUCCCGGAGAAUGUUCUUCAGUCCAUUCGGUCUCAUUAUCCCAAUUCCCUAAGUCGUGGUGCCGGUCGCCUGACUUUUUUCUUACUACACCCAUUCCAUUUCACGACACCGUAUCCCUUACAACCCACUCGUUCUUUUGACUUCACGAACUUGAAUUUACAUCAGACUCACGAAUUCGAAUUUUCAACUCUACUGUCCCCUACUCUAAUCCAGCAUCGACAUGCGUUCUUCUACUGUCCUCGCUAUCGCCAUCGCCUCAGCAGCCGUCCCUGCAUUCGCAGCCCCUACUACUGCCAUACCUCAGGACGAGAGUGGCGCGCUGAAUUUCCAAGACGUCAAGGACUUCGGCCAGGGUUUCGUUGAUGGUUUCACCAAAACACUUAGUGCGGUUGCACCUUUUGCUGGACUCCUUCUCCGUGAAGACGACGAGAGCGGUGCCCUCAGCUUUCAAGAUGUCAAAGAUUUCGGCAAGGGCGUAGUUGACGGUUUCACUCAUACCGUCGAGGAAGUAACUCCCGCUAUCCAGGCGGUCGGUGGCCUUGUUCAGACGGCUGCACCUCUGCUCAGUCAUUUCCAAGGCAGAGAGUUAAUUGCUCGUGCUAUUAUCGAGGCCAGGCAAGAACAAGGUCUCGAUGAGAGCGGCGCCUUGAGCUUUGACGACAUUACCAACGGUCUGAAGAAGGCCUGGGACACAGUCGGGCCAAUUGUGAAGGCCGUUGCACCUAUUGCUGAGGCGGCUGCUCCUCUCCUCUUGCGCGACGUAGAUGAGAGUGGUGUUUUGAGCUGGCAGGACGUCAAAGACUUCGGCAAGGGCUUCGUCGAUGGUUUCACUAACACCGUGGAAUCAAUUACGCCCGCUGUUCAGGCAGUUGGUGGUCUCGUCCAGACCGCAGCGCCUCUCCUAAGUCACAACCAAGGUAGAGAGUUAGUCGCUCGGGCUAUCAUACAAGCGAGACAUGAACAGGGUCUUGACGUAUCUGGUGCUUUGAGCUUCCAUGACAUUACUGAUGGACUCAAGAAGGCCUGGGAUACUGUAUCCCCCAUCGUGAAGACCGUGGCACCUAUCGCAGAAGCUGCCGCUCCCCUCCUUCUGCGGGACGUCAGCAGCCAACCUCCCCCUUCAACUUCUCCUUACCUCGAUGAAUCCGGCGCUUUGAGCUUCGACGACAUUACCAACGGUAUCAAGAAGGUCUUCGAUACAGUCGCCCCUAUCGUAAAGACUGUUGCACCCAUCGUCGAAGCUGCUGCCCCGCUUUUCUUGCGAGAUGUUGACGAAAGUGGUGCUCUGAGUUGGCAAGACGUCAAGGAUUUCGGGAAGGGCUUUGUUGACGGGUUUACUGAUACCCUUCAAUCGGUCACUCCUGCUGUUCAGGCAGUCGGCGGUCUUAUUGAGACUGCUGCUCCUUUGCUCAACCAUGCUCAGGGUCGAGAGCUGGUCGCGAGGGGUAUUAUUGACUCAUUAGGGCACGACAAGAGCAGGGGCUCGAUGACUCUGGCGCAUUAAGCUUCCACGAUAUCACUGACGGACUCAAGAAGGCUUGGGACACCGUAUCGCCCAUUGUUCAGACAGUUGCGCCGAUCGCUGAGGCUGCAGCACCCCUCUUCUUGCGCGACGUCAACGGUAAUGCUCUACCACCCACCUUCAAAGCUCAUGUUCGUCCUCGUCCCAAGAGGAGCUUGAACGACCUUGAUUAGACUGCAAUUCUGGGGAUCUAUUCAAUUCAUUUUUUUGGGUUAUAAGGCGGUCAAUAUUCGCAUCUGUUUCAUAUUUGGGUUAUCGAAAGAAACAGUCAUGCAAUCUCACUUCACGCAAUUCAAUCUUGUACUAAUGUGCUAACAGUGUUAACGUACCAUUGUAUGUACUGCAGAGACUCGGUUGUAUUUCAAAUAGGGAUCUAUCUGGGAAUGAAAUGGGUCUUUUGGCUUUU